UCCCAGAGACUUAAACACGAAUACGAUGUUGUGAAGAAUAAUAAAUGAUCAGCUUUCCAGCUAACCUAAAUGAUUAACUACCAAUCCAUUAUGAGUGCAAAAAUGAAGAGGAGAUUCAUGAAGCAUUCCAUCUUGGACGAGUUCUAGAUUAACAAGGCAAAUUUAACAGAAAAGAAUUUCAUCUUUAUAUUCUUAAUUUCUAAUUUUAGGGUCAUUGACUUGUGUUGUUGAUCAUUUCUUUUAUAAAGGCUUGCCAAAAGGUCAGCUCUUUCCUCUUCUUCAGAGCUGGUUUUUCGGAAAAUAGAAGACUCGGAGAGGGACAGAAGUAGGGAGAAAGGAAGCUAUGGGAAGGCCUCCUUGCUGUGACAAAGUUGAUAUCAAGAAAGGUCCUUGGACCCCGGAAGAGGACAUCGUUUUAGUCACGUAUAUCCAAGAACAUGGUCCUGGAAAUUGGAGAUCUGUGCCGACAAACACUGGGUUGCUGAGGUGCAGCAAAAGUUGCAGACUGCGGUGGACAAAUUACUUGAGACCGGGAAUCAAGAGAGGCAACUUCACUCCACAUGAAGAAGGAAUGAUCGUUCAUCUCCAAUCUCUACUUGGUAACAAAUGGGCAGCCAUAGCUUCAUACCUUCCGCAAAGAACAGAUAACGAUAUAAAAAAUUAUUGGAACACUCAUUUGAAGAAGAAGAUUAGGAAGCUCCAGACAGCUUCUUCAGAUGAUCAUGAUCCCCACAUGCUAGCUCUAUCGGAUCAUUCAGCUCAAUAUCAGAGAAGGAAAUUAUCUGAUAUGGCGACAAGUCCACUUGCCUCGACAGAUCUCACUUUCCAUAACAACUCUUCCAAUGCAAAUACCUAUGCAUCAAGCACUGAGAACAUCUCAAGACUCCUUCAGGGUUGGAUGAGAUCUUCCACGAAAACAACAGUCGAGCCUAGUACUGUUGAUGCUUCUUCCAGCGGUGGCUCACAUGGAAACAUUGUCAGAGACUCUUUAGCAACAAUUCCUCUACGUGGCUAUCGCCCCAAGGGUGAGAAACCAGAAGGCGAAGAUAUAAUAUCUGAUGAAGUGUUUGAUUCCAUCUUAUCAUUUGAUAACUUGAACACAAAAAUCAGCAAUUGGGAUCAGAAGAACUCCUCUUCUGAUAAAGGGUCAGAUGACGAGGAUGAUCACGACGAUGCCAAGGAUAACAGAAAGGCCAGGCCAGCCGAUGAUCAUAAGAGCAGUCCCCCUCCACUGUCGUUUCUUGAGAAUUGGCUAUUGGAUGAAGCCUCCGCUGGUCAAGUCGGAGAAAUGAUGGAACUUCCCUUCAUUUGCUGAUCAUACACAUUUCUCAGAGACCAUCUGGUUCAAUCUAUAAAUUCUCUUCUCCCUUUGUCAAUUUAAUUCAGGAUAAACAAGCACAUAUAUAUAUACACAUACACCCCAUUAGUACUAUUUCAUCCUUUCACGAUUAAUCUUUCGUUUGCUGGGUUCUGAAAGUUGAAUCUGUUUGCAGACUGUAAUUUCCUUAAUAAUUAUUCUUAUGAAUUAUAGCAAAUACUGUAAUUCUGUUGAGUCUGUUAAUGCUAUAUAUUAUUACACUUUAUUAUCUUGUUUUUGCUAAAUGCUAUCUUAUACUUUAUCUGUGA